AUGAUGAGGUCGUACUAUGAGAAGUACGAGGAAGCUAGAAGAACCACCGAGCACUCGGUAUCUCGGCAAGUCAGCGCCAAUAUAGGAUCACCAGUUCUUGGCAAAAGAAGGCUGGAAGAAGAGUUUGCUCAAUACAAGUCAAGAAGGAGGUCCUACAUGCAACCAAAGUAUGAGCUGGACAUGUAUUUGGAGGAAAAUUUCGACAGCUCCGGGGGAAGUUUUGAUAUUUUGAUAUGGUGGAAAACACAUGCUGAAAAAUAUCCCGUGCUCUCAACCGUGGCUCAUGAUUUCCUUGUAAUACCUCUUAGCACCGUGUCAUCUGAAUCAGCAUUCAAUUGCAGUGGAAGGACUUUAGGAGAUUUCCAAUGCUCGAUGAUGCCCGGAACUCUUGAGGCUUUAGUUUGCGGAAAAGAUUGGCUUAUCAAAAUUCCAAAUAAUGAAGGCCCAAGUGGGACAGCCUAA